GUAAGCAGUGAAACUGAACUGAAGCUACCGACUACAGAGGAAGAUCCCAAACCCUAUCUAAAACCCCUUCACCGGACACAAAUUGAAACCUCUAAACUGAAAUAAUCUUUCAAAAUCUUAUUUAAAGACAAAAGAAAAGGAAAAUAAAAUUGAAAAGCGUGCGCCUAUAAAUAUAGCUAAGAAGGAGCCUAGUCUCAGCCAAGAAGUCACCUUCACACCUUCCCAACGAAGUUCUCAGGGGGCUUUGUGUGUUUUUUGUUUCUUUUUCAUCAGAAAAGAAAUGGUCUUUUAAGUAUCCUUUUGGCCUCUGAUUCCAAAAAUUCUUUUUUUUUUUAAUUUUUGCAAUAGAUUUCUUUGUGGGUUUUUGAUCCUUAGUAGAGAUGGCUGACCAGGAAAUGAAAGGAAAAAGAUCGCCAUUGAUGAUCAUGGUUUUCGUCUUUCAGGUUCUCUCUUCACAUUUACAUGGCUGUUUUGCAGCAACCGGUCAAGGUCAGCCACAAUGGCAGAGGAGUACAGUCCGUCCAACGGCUGUUAAUGGCUUUGGUUUUGGCUCCUCUGUUGUUCUUCCUGUUGCUGGCAAUGUCUAUCCUCUUGGGUUCUAUUCUGUGGAACUUAAGAUAGGCAACCCACCUAAGACUUUUCAGCUUGAUAUUGAUACUGGCAGCGACCUCACUUGGGUCCAAUGUGAUGCUCCUGAUACUGUUUGCACUGGUUGCACUCUGCCUCAUGACCGUCGUUACAAGCCCGCUAAGAGCAACUUUCUGCCUUGCAAGGAUCCCAUAUGUGCUGCACUUAACUCUCCAAAAUCAAAUCCAUGCAAGAAUCCAAAUGAAAAAUGUGGGUUUAAAGUUAAAUAUGCUGACCAAGUUUCAGUUCUUGGUUUCAUGGUCUCAGACAACUUUCAUGGCCUUGGCAGUGGCUCCCUUUCUAAUCCCCAUUUGGCCUUUGGGUGUGGAUCUCAACUAGAAAAUCACAGUCCAGACAGACCACACCCUCUUACCACUGCUGGAGUCCUUGGACUUGGCAAAAGUAAAGCGAGCAUGUCAUCACAAUUGAGUGGCAUGGGUAUAACAAAAAAUGUGGUAGGUCAUUGUUUCAGUGGACAAGGGGGAGGGUUUUUGUUCCUUGGAGCUGGUUUCCCUGAAUCAAAAAUGACUUGGACGCCAAUGUUGCAAAAUUCCGUUGAUGAACAUUAUUAUUCUUCUGGUCCAGCAGAACUUCUUUUUGGUGGGGAGCCUACUGGUGCAAAGGGCCUUUAUGUUAUCUUUGACACUGGAGCCACCUACACCUACUUGAGUUCUGAAGUUUACCAAACUCUACUCAAUCUGAUAAGGAAAGAUCUAGCCGGAAAGCAACUACGAGAUGUGAAAGAUUACGCUCUGCCAAUCUGCUGGAAAGGCGCAGAACCUUUUAAAUCUGUGCGAGAUGUUAGGAACUAUUUUAACACUUUGGUGCUGAGUUUUACCGGUGCAAAUAACAAUAAGCUAGUGUUACCACCUGAAGCUUAUAUCAUUGUCACUGAACGAGGAAAUGUUUGCCUAGGAAUUUUGAAUGGCACUGAAGUUGGACUAGGAAUUACCAAUGUGAUUGGAGCCAUUUCGUUGCAAGAUAAAUUGGUGAUAUAUGAUAAUGAGAACCAGAGGAUUGGAUGGGCUUCUGCAGAUUGCACCCGCAAGCCUCGAUGAUUAUGAACCUAUUCUCUUGUAUUAUGCAAGAAAAGCUGAAUGAAAUGACUGAAUAAAGUAUAAGGCAAAAAAAAAUAGCUUCAUUCUUCAACAGAGGGUACAUACUUUUUGUUUAGUUGUAGAAGGAGGCUCAUUACCAUGAUGCUUCUCUUUGACAAUACACAAGGUUUGAAAAAUGUAAGCGGGUAACUUAUAGGAAAUAUGAUGAAGGCAAUACCAAUGGCUUUUACAAGUGACA